AUGGCUAUCAUUAUAACACUUCUAGUGACAUUUUGCGCUUGGGCAUACACCGCGAAGACUCGCCCUGUCGCGAAGAGUCUUCGUGAUAUCACAACUUACACAAUCACUGACGAUCUCGAGAAGGACUGGAAGAGAGAGAACGACACGGUCCGCGGCGUGUUGCUCAACACGGACAACCUCAUCACACACUUCACGAAAAUAUCGACAUUAUACCAACGCUUUGGGAUUAUCACAGCGUCGCAAAUCAAAGAAGUUCGAGAGCAAAUGGCGCAGCUUGAUAAAGAGUAUAAAGAGAAGAAAGUGGAGGAGGGGAUGUAUCAAGAGCAAAUGAAGUUAUCUCAGAAUGGCACAGAUAAAGCGUUGUUUACUAAGUACCAAGAGUUAAUGGAGAACUCUGCUCAGGAGAAGAAAGCUGCGCUUAUUAAGAAGAAUGAAGUUAGGGAAAAGUUACGGAGAAUUAGUCCACUCAAGAAUGUGAUUAGUAAGAAGGUUGAGUGGAUAGAAGACAAAGUCAAACAAAUAGGAAAAGACCAAGCAAAAGUACUUGAAAGUUGGAAAGAACGAAAUGAAACAUUAGUGAACCGAUUGGAGCAAUAUAAAAUGAACACAAAUACUUCGAAACUUCUUUUAAAACAACUUGAAGAAGCCGAUGAACUUCUGAAACAAGUCAACGUCAAAUUGAGAGACCCAACGAAUAACGCAACAUUCAAUUUAAGCCUCGAGGCGGCACAAAACAAAAUACAACGAGAACGAAUGAACUUGCUUCGAAAUGUGACAACACUGUAUUUCAAUUUGGUCUUCCAAGUGUUGCAGACCGAUAAGGGUGUGAAAAAGAUGGUAAGAAAUGUCGACGAUGUUGUUGCACAACGACAAGCAGAAAUUGAUACCAGUCUGAUUGGGUUGACUGGGUUGGAGGAGAUGAGCGACACUGAUAUGUCAUCAUCUAAGUUGGAACAUGUUGUGGCAACGAUUUUGGAUAUCAACAAGAAAGUGUAUGACAUCAGAGACUUACUUGAGUUAAGACCGGUUGAGGUUGAGAAGAGUGUGAUGAAAAUGGUUGAAGAUAAGAUCAGUGCCGCACAUGACGAUAUUCUAGAAUUGACUCGAGAAUGCGAUUACAAUAUCACUGUGUCGAACUUGAAGAAUGAUGAAGAGCUUUUGAUUCUGAAAGAUUUAGAAAAGGUCUUAAACAACAAGACGGAUGGAUAUAAACUGACUGUUAAACACGAAUGUCUUGGCGGUGUGUAUGAGCUGAAAAUGUAUUUAGGAAUUGGGGAGAAGAGUCUGAACACAUUCAGCGAGUCAUUCCGACGCAAAUUGGUUGAGAAGCGUAUUGAUAUGAGAAACGAGGUAAUGAGUGGUGAAAGUGCGAUGGACAAUGAAAAGCGAGAAAUUGAAGUUGUGCGGAGUGUUGAAGAACAGAAGUUCCAUUUAGAGCGGUAUGGCAUGGAGAUGGAUCGAGUGAAAAUAGUGAGGAAGCGGAUGUUUGUGUUGGACGAAGUACUUCGCGAGACGCGGACUAUUGAAAUACGAAAAUUACAGAAGAAGGUAAUGAUGCUUCAAGAGAAAACCGAACAAGCCAAAAUGAAACAUCAACUUGUAGUAGACUGGUUACACAAGGAGUUUGAAGAAGCGAUGAAUAAAACAGAAGUUGGUGUCCCAAUCCAAGGCGAGAAAUUGCCAAAAAAGGCGGAACAAGUCCAACUCCCAAUUAAACACAAGAGCCGUGCCGAGAAGCCAUAUGUCAAAAAGGACAACAAAAGUAGUAACACCACAAAUGUAGCGACAAAAAGCACAACGAAGAAACCGAAGAAAGAACUAACUCAAAAAACAAAACAAGAAGAAAACGUCGCGAAGCAAUUAACGAAGCUUGCGGGGAAAGUAAAUAUAGGAAAGGAAAUUUCGAUGAUGACACCAAAGAUGGUGAAUGGAGAAACAACGAAAAAGUAA